CUCGUUUGUUUUGUUAUUAAAAUUUAAAAAUAUGUAGGUUUAUAAACAAACAUUUUGAGGCAAAAAUUCCCUUUUAUUUACACUUCAUUUCAUUAAAAAGGGAUCAGAUGUCUACAAAAGCAAAAUGGCGAGCAUCGUUUCAAAAGACAAGGUCAAUUUCUCAAACAUCGUUGAGCAAUUCUUUGACUGUAAAAUCCAGCCUCAUGGAUGAAGACGACCUGUCAUUUUCCGAUAACGAGUUAGAACAGUAUUUAGGAAAAAUGAAGGAAAAAUCCGGAGUAAAUCGACUAAAUCGUUUAUGGACUGGAAAUACAUUUGAUAGAGUGAUUGAUAGGACACCAGAUGUCUCAAUUUCCUCUGUAUCUGAUGGAGAAGCUCCAAUUGACGAGGAAGCGGACAAGAAUGAAGCAAGCGAUAAUGAUUUUCUUCCAAACAUUAUGGCCCUGCCUUCUGUUGCGACAGAAGAAAACAAGACAGAGGUCUCAGAACCGAGUUCCAUCAGACCAUUUCAAGCAGUGAACCUUAUGCCGGACCUCGAGUUAUCCGACGCUCCCCAAAAAUUAACGAAAAACGUGAAAAUGACUUUGAGCCAAGAUGAAUCAGAGGAAGUAAUCGACAGAUAUGUUAGGUCAACAGGGAAGGAUUUAAGCAGCGCUGAUUCUGAGGAGGUACACACUUUAGACGAAAUCACAGAAGAAAUUGAAGAAGAUUUGAGUCAAGGCUCUAAACAAGAUACAAUAUCAAGUAAUUUAAAGAGGAAUAAUGAAUCUCGUCAACAAAAGGAUAGUCCGAAAUCUGAGAGGGUUGUCUAUGAUGAAACAGACCAAAGUUUGCACAAAACUUCGUCCAAAAGUGGACACUCAAAGACGCGUAGUGAUUCAAGACAUUCGAAAUCUAAAAGUAAAAAGAAAACUAAACGAAGCUCGCAGCAAACGAGCGAGCACAGCUACAGCUCUCUUGAUUCACGAAAAGAAAAGAGGACUUCCUCAAGCCGAUCCAAGUCGGACAGCAGAGGGCACGGAACCUCCAAGAAAUCUGAAGAUUCCUACACAACUGAUUUUUCUGAUUCCGCAAGUCUUUCUAGCAAAAUAAACGAAACUGACAGCUACACUCAGUCUGGCUUGGGCAAAAAUUCAGUUGUUUUAUCUUCUAAAGUGACCUCGGUUGCUGAAAUAAGUAAAACGACGAGUAAGCAUAAAAUAAAUGCGUGCUCUCACGAUGUCGCUACCCAAGUAAAUAUGGAUGACGUUGGCGGACCAAAAUUAGCUGUUGGUAUGGCAACGCUCGGUCCAUCACUUGGUCAUCGUUAUGUCGACCCCAGUCCUAUCGCUCGCCAUGCGGUCGAUGCUGAUGCCGUCGAAGCCGUUACUGCAUACAACCCAGCGGUAAUAGCCUUGACAGACAUGCUCCGCCAACAGCUCAGUUUGGUUCAACAAUUUGUCGACAACAGUCGACGAAUGUACGAAUCUUACACAAGAAACCUCGACACAACAUACAGAUAUACGACCUUAGAAGACACUUUACAGUACAUUGAUGAGAACAGAAACCGUCCGGAUGAAACGUGAACCUGUUAAUCAAAAAUGAAUGGACAAAGAUGAACUAAUUUCGCAUCCAGAGGCAUGAAGAAUUGCUUCCAAACACUUGGUUCUGGGUCAUACUUGCCCGAGAAUCGGGGAUCCAUUAUGUGUUGUCUAUCCGAUAAUCACCGAUUCUUACGAUUAAACCAGGCGCACACGACGCGAUAUGCUGCGAUUUUCGUCUAGGUUAAAUUAUGGGUGUUCCAAUGAGGGUCCUUAUAUCAGAGCAUUCAUAGCUAUCUCCUCGUCUUCAUUCAUCAAAAAACGAAAAUCGCGGGAAUAAAUUGCAUGUGUAAAAGCCCCACACACACUGGACGUGAUUCGCUAACGCGACGCGAAUUUUUCAUUUUCAUACAUAAAUAAAUUCAAUUCUGAGAGAAAAUUUUGAGAGAGUAUGGGUACAAGACCAGUCAAAAUGCGGUACCAUCAAUCAGUAAUUACCGAGAAUACACAACAUUGUCAAGGUUAGCAGCUUUUGAAAACUGAAAAAUUCGUGAAAAUCGCGUCGCGUUGUCGGAUCGCGUCCGGGUCUUCCUCAAACGGGCCUUUGGUCGUCCGAUUUUAGUUGCUCAGUAUCUUGGUCAAAGGAUUUUGCUCCCUUGAAAAUCAAUUGUUGAAUAGAACGGAAAUGUUAUUUUUUUUAAAUAAAGAAUAUUCUUUAAAUUUA